GUCCCUGGGGCCGGUGCAUGGGCGACGCGUGCGGCCCGGGCGGCGUGCAGACGCGGGCCGUGUGGUGCGCGCACGCCGAGGGCUGGACCACGCUGCACAGCAACUGCGAGCCGGCGGCCCGGCCGCGCGCGCAGCAGCCCUGCUUCCGCGUGUGCGAGUGGCACAAGGAGCUGUACGCCUGGAGGCUGGGGCCCUGGGGCCCGUGCCGGCCGGUGAUCUCCCGCAGCCUGGAGCGGCCGCCCGGCUGCGCCCGCGGGGAGCAGGGCGUCCAGGUGCGCGAGGUGGCGUGCGCGCGCGGGGACCAGGAGCCCCCGGCCGAGGACAGCAUCUGCGAGUACUUCGAGCCCAAGCCGCUGCUGGAGCAGGCGUGCCUCAUCCCCUGCCCGCAGGACUGCGUCGUGUCCGACUUCUCGCCCUGGUCCGAGUGCUCCGAGACCUGCGGCAGCGGGCUGCAGCACCGCACGCGGCACGUGGUGGCGCCGCCGCGCUUCGGGGGCGCGGGCUGCCCCAACCUCACCGAGGUCCAGGUGUGCCAGGCCGGGCCGUGCGAGGCCGAGCGCAGCGCCCACAGCCUGCAGGUGGCGCCCUGGAGCGCAUGUGUCCUGCCGCGCAUGCGCGCAGCCAGGCAGGUGCGGAGGAGGGGCCGCAACCGCGAGCGGGAGCGCGGCCGGGGCGUCAAGGACCCCGAGGCCCGCGAGCUGAUCAAGAAGAAGAGGACCCGCAACAGGCAGAGCAGACAGGAGGACAAGUACUGGGACAUCCAGAUCGGCUAUCAGACCAGGGAGGUGGUGUGUGUCAACAAGACGGGAAGAGUUGCCGACUUCAGCUUUUGCCAGCAGGAGAAGCUGCCAGUGACUUUCCAGUCCUGUGUGAUCACCAAAGAGUGUCAGGUGUCCGAGUGGUCGGAAUGGAGCCCGUGCUCAAAAACGUGCCAUGACAUGGCGUCCCCUACGGGCACCCGUGUGAGGACCAGGACCAUCCGACAGCUUCCCGUGGGCAGUGAAAAGGAGUGUCCAGAGCUCGAAGAGAGAGAAGCCUGUGUGGCCCAAGAAGAUGGAAUUGCCCUCUGUGCCACGUAUGGCUGGAGGACUACAGAGUGGACGGAAUGUCGCGUGGACCCUUUACUCAGCCAGCAGGACAAGAGGCGUGGCAACCAGACUGCCCUCUGCGGAGGAGGUGUCCAGACCCGAGAGGCCUACUGCGUGCAGACGAACGACAACCUCCUGUCACACUUAGAUACACACAAGGACAAAGAAGCCUCAAAACCAGUGGACUCCAAAUUAUGCCUUGGCCCUAUACCUAACACUAUGCAGCUCUGCCACAUUCCCUGUCCAAUCGAAUGUGAGGUUUCACCAUGGUCAGCUUGGGGACCUUGCACUUAUGAAAAUUGCAGUGACCAGCAGGGCAAAAAAGGCUUCAAACUGAGGAAGCGGCGUAUCACCAACGAGCCCACGGGAGGCUCCGGGGGGACUGGAAACUGCCCUCACUUACUGGAAGCCAUUCCCUGUGAAGAGCCGUCCUGCUAUGACUGGAAGGCGGUGAGGCUUGGAGACUGCGAGCCUGAUAAUGGGAAGGAGUGUGGUCCAGGCACACAAGUUCAAGAGGCCUUUUGCAUCAACAGUGAUGGGGAGGAGGUGGAGAGACAGCUGUGCAGAGAUGCCAUCCUGCCCAUUCCUGUGGCCUGUGAUGUCCCGUGCCCGAAGGACUGUGUGCUCACUGCGUGGUCCCCCUGGUCCUCCUGCUCUCACACGUGCUCAGGAAAAACUACGGAAGGCAAGCAGACGCGAGUGCGGUCCAUCUUGGCCUACGCGGGUGAAGGUGGAAUUCGCUGCCCAAACACCAGUGCUUUGCAAGAGACACGCAGCUGCAAUGAGCACCCUUGUACCGUGUACCACUGGCAAACUGGUCCCUGGGGCCACUGCAUUGAGGACACCUCAGUGUCGUCUUUCAACUCAACCACAGCUUGGAACGGAGAGGCCUCGUGCUCUGUCGGCAUGCAGACGAGAAAAGUCAUCUGCGUGCGAGUCAACGUGGGCCAAGUGGGACCCAAAAAGUGCCCUGAAAGUCUUCGGCCUGAGACGGUGAGGCCUUGUCUGCUUUCCUGCAGGAAGGACUGCAUUGUGACCCCCUUCAGCGACUGGACGCCAUGCCCCUCUUCCUGCAAAGAAGGGGACUCCAGAGUCAGGAAGCAGUCUCGGUAUCGCGUCGUCUUCCAGGCACCAGCCAACGGAGGCCGAGACUGCACAGAUCCUCUCUAUGAAGAGAAGGCUUGCGAGUCUCCUCAAGUGUGCCAGAGCUACAGGUGGAAAACCCACAAGUGGCGAAGGUGCCAGUUAGUCCCCUGGAGUGUGCAGCAGGACGUCCCCGGAGCGCAGGAAGGCUGUGGCCCCGGACAGCAGACAAGAGCUAUUACUUGUCGAAAGCAAGAUGGCGGACAGGCUGGCAUCCAGGAAUGCCUCAAGUAUGCCGGCCCCGUGCCAGCGCUCACCCAGGCUUGCCAGGUUCCCUGCCAAGAUGACUGUCAAUUUACCAGCUGGUCCAAAUUUUCUUCAUGCAACGGAGAUUGUGGUGCAGUUAGGACCAGAAAGCGCACUAUUGUUGGAAAAAGUAAAAAGAAGGAAAAGUGCAAAAAUUCCCAUUUGUACCCCCUGAUUGAGACUCGGUACUGCCCCUGUGACAAAUACAACGCGCAGCCUGUGGGCAACUGGUCGGACUGCAUCCUCCCAGAGGGGAAGGCGGAAGCCGUGCUGGGAGGGAAAGUGCAAGGAGACGUGAAGGAGUGCGGACAAGGGUACCGUUAUCAAGCCAUGGCGUGCUACGAUCAGAACGGCAGGCUCGUGGAAACGUCCAGAUGUAACAGCCACGGUUACAUUGAAGAGGCCUGCAUCAUCCCCUGCCCCUCGGACUGCAAGCUCAGCGAGUGGUCCAACUGGUCCCGCUGCAGCAAGUCCUGCGGCAGUGGGGUGAAGGUUCGAUCCAAGUGGCUGCGUGAAAAACCCUAUAAUGGGGGCAGGCCCUGCCCUAAGCUGGACCACGUCAACCAGGCACAGGUAUAUGAAGUUGUCCCGUGCCACAGUGACUGCAACCAGUACAUAUGGGUCACCGAGCCGUGGAGUGUCUGCAAGGUGACCUUCGUGAAUAUGCAGGACAACUGUGGAGAAGGCGUGCAGACCCGAAAAGUGAGAUGCAUGCAGAAUACAGCGGACGGCCCUUCCGAAGUGGUGGAGGAUUACCUCUGCGACUCUGAGGAGAUGCCCCUGGGGUCUCGAGAGUGCAAAUUACCUUGCCCCGAGGACUGUGUAAUAUCCGAAUGGGGCCCAUGGACCCUCUGUGCUUUGCCUUGCAAUCAAAGCAGUUUCCGGCAAAGGUCAGCUGAUCCCGUCAGACAACCUGCUGAUGAAGGAAGAGCCUGCCCUGAUGCUAUCGAAAAGGAGCCCUGUAUCCUGAACAAAAACUGCUACCACUAUGAUUAUAACGUGACAGACUGGAGUACGUGUCAGCUGAGUGAGAAGGCCGUCUGCGGAAAUGGCAUCAAGACAAGGAUGCUGGACUGUGUCCGAAGUGAUGGCAAGUCGGUGGACCUGAAAUAUUGUGAAGAGCUUGGCCGUGAGCGGCACUGGCAGAUGAACGUGUCCUGCGUGGUGGAAUGCCCCGUGAACUGUCAGAUGUCUGACUGGUCUCCUUGGUCAGAAUGUUCGCAGACAUGUGGCCUCACAGGAAAAAUGAUCCGAAGACGAACAGUGACCCAGCCCUUUCAGGGGGACGGAAGACCGUGUCCUUCCCUGAUGGAGCAGUCCAAGCCCUGCCCAGUGAAGCCCUGUUAUCGGUGGCAGUAUGGCCAGUGGUCUGAGUGCCAAGUGCAGGAGGCCCAGUGUGGAGGAGGGACCAGAACAAGGAACAUUUCCUGUGUCGUCAGUGAUGGGUCGGGUGAUGAUUUCGGCAAAGCGGUGGAUGAGGAGUUCUGUGUGGACAUUGAACCUAUUGUGGAUGGUAAUAAAAAAAUGAUUCUGGAGGAACCCUGCACCCAGCCUUGCCCAGGCGACUGUUACUUGGAGGACUGGUCUUCAUGGAGCCUGUGUCAGCAGACCUGUGUGAAUGGGGAAGAUCUUGGCUUUGGUGGAAUACAGGUCCGAUCCAGAGCAGUGAUUAUCCAGGAACUAGAGAACCAACAUCUGUGCCCAGAGCAGAUGUUGGAAACAAGGUCAUGUGAUGGUGGGCAGUGCUAUGAAUAUAAGUGGGUCGCAAGCGCGUGGAAGGGCUCUUCCCGAACAGUCUGGUGUCAGCGGUCAGAUGGUACAAACGUAACAGGGGGCUGCCUGGUGCGGAGCCAGCCUGAGGCUGACAGGUCUUGUAACCCUCCGUGUAAUCAGCCCCAUUCGUACUGCAGCGAGGCAAAGACCUGCCGCUGCGAAGAAGGAUACACUGAAGUCAUGUCUUCCAACAGCACACUCGAGCAGUGCACACUCAUCCCCGCGGUGGUGAUGCCCACGGUGGAAGACAGGAGAGGAGAUGUGAAAACCAGUCGUGCGGUCCAUCCAACCCAGCCCUCCGUGAAUCCAGCAGGCCGGGAUAGGAGCUGGUUUCUGCAGCCCUUUGGGCCCGACGGGAGACUAAAGACCUGGGUUUAUGGAGUCGCAGCCGGGGCAUUUGUGCUACUCAUCUUUAUUGUCUCCGUGAUUUAUCUAGCUUGCAAGAAGCCAAAGAAGCCCCAAAGAAGGCAAAACAACCGGCUGAAACCUUUGACUUUAGCCUAUGAUGGAGACGCAGACAUGUGACCUAUAGCUUUUGCUGACAGAAACCAAUCUUGGCUUUCUGAAUCUCCAGUAGCCAAUCAGAGGCCACAAUGACAGUGUGCAAACUGUGGAUUAUAAUUCAUUUUAACUUUUUAAAAAAGCAUCAUAAAGAGUGGAAGUCACAUUGCCACUGGAAAUCUGCAGGAGGGUACCGCUUACACAUAGACCAUCCACCCUAAGAAUUCUAGGAGAUUUAGUGGAAUACAUGCUACAUUUUGAGAGUUUUAUGUCAUCUUUCUUGAAAUCUGCCAACUGAAAAACCACUUUCAUCUCUAAGAACUAGUGGUGAAAUUGGCCAGAUGGGGAUUCCUGACGCAAGACUGUUCCCAGUGUUUAAACCCACAGAACUUGCUAGCAUGAAGAGUUUAUACCACAAUCUCUGCAGUACUAUAGUCAAACAUAACAACAUGUAUACUCAACUGAAUGAUAUUCAUUAUAAUGUCAUAUUAUGUACUUGAUAAUAAGCAACUUUAACAGUGAAGAAGAGAUCGGCUCCAAGCUGAGCAGAAACCCCAUGGAAUAAAGUCAGCAUCUCUAUGGUUCUUGGUAGCAUUGGUUGACGUGCAUUUCAGAGACAAAGACUCUGUUUUUAAGACUUCGUUCUUGUUUUUCCACAAUGUACAAGUGCUGGACAUUACUAGUAUCUUAGAAGAAAGGGUCCUCCAUUUCCGUAUUUUAUAGUUGCUAUUGUCCGGAAAACUAAUUUGCUUGUGUUGCUGCAGUACAUUUCUACUUUCCCUAAUUUUCAGCUGGUUGCCUGCAUCUUUUUUGCUCUAUGGAAGGCAUAUUUUUGCACUAUAUUAGUGCAGCGUGAUGGGAAUUUAACCAGUAUCGCCAUAGAAACUGCCUCUUUUCAAAUGGCAUGAAGACAUCCGUGCCAAGAGUGUCCGGGACACACUAGCAAUUCCCGGUACCCUGACGAGAGUGAAGUUCAGGUUGAACGGCGACAGGAUGGAAUCGGCUCUUGCACCUGCUGUAUGCACUCUUCCUCCUCACUGUAGCCACUGCAAAACUGGCAACAGAGCUGUAACUGCAGGGUGGAGGGCCCCAGCCCAUGGACCCUCACCAGGUGGAUCCUUCUAGUUGGUUUGUAAUUGCUCUUUGAAGACUGUUUCUGACUAGAUUUUUAUAUUUGUUAUCUUUGUUAAAAAAAGAAAAGAAAAGAAAAAAAGGAACUGGUUGACUUUUUAAUGCCAAGCAGAUGGAAAAACGAUGUAUGGAUGAUUUUUGUAGCGAAAAGAAGUCAAAACUGUGUGUUCAUUCUUUCUCCCUGGUUUGUUUUCUCAGCAUCAGAUUCAAAGUCUGUCCUUCAGGCACUAUUUCUAAACUCCCUAGUCUUCUGUCUUGCACACUGGUUUAAUCUGAAGCAGUCCUUUAAAUAUAGGAUUUCAAAAGCUAAAAUUUGAAAAUGGGAAGGAUGAGUAUCUCACCUGGGACUUCUUUAAGUGUCUUUACCAAGGGUGACAAACAUUUUCUCCUCAGAAUUGAGUAGUAAGUAUUUCUAGCGUGGUCUGUGUUGCAUUUUCUUAACUCUGACAUGCAUAAUGCUGACGUGGACGCAACAGAAUAAGAAAAAGAAUGAACAUGACUGCUUUCCAGUUAAAUUUUCCCUCCAGAAACCAGCCAGCAGGUGACAUGUACUAACCCUAGUUUGCUGACACUUGCUCUAGAUGUUCUUUAAUGCUAGUCACCAUUGUGUCAUCUCUAGUUUUCAUUCAUUUACCAUCUGUCCAUCACCAGAGCUUAGUUUCAAAGGUGAAAAUCCAGCCGGUAAAUUUACCAUUGCAUUGAAAGUUGCCGUAUUUUCUACAGAAGUCACCCAGAAACUGUCCAACAAUAGCCGACUUCUUUCUUAUGGAAAGAAAGUUUGAAAGAUCAUUAAAAAGCAAUAUCAUCUUUCAGGCAACACUAUAGCAGUCUUUGGGAGGGCAAGAACUUGAGGUUUUCCAGUCUUUUUAAAGUAGUAAUAAAUUAUUUUAUCUUUUAAAAGUAGUAAUAAAUUAUUUUAUCUUAAACUUAGCUGUGUUGCUGUGAACAUUUGUGGGUUAUGUUUUGCCUUCACACAGUCCACAGCGGAUCUUGGGCUCCCCCUGCUGUAGGUUAGGAUAUUUGCAAAGACCAUAAAACAUCAGUUAGGAUGUCAUUGUCCCUAAAAUAAAAAUAUUUCCACCUAUUUCAAUAAGAAAUAAAUAUGAUAAGCAUCUGUCCUUAAUCCAAUAUUCAGUAGAUUAGGCAAUGAAAAUCAUUUCAAAGAGAAUACGUAGUCAGAAAGAUGAGAAUUUUAUUAUAAGCCAAGGAAUUAACCAAGGAAAAACAAAAUCCAUCUCACCUCUUUUAUUGAAGAGGGAGAAAAAAUAUUAUUGUUACUCGAAAACUUGAUUGUCAAUAUGCAUACUUCCAGAUAAUACUCAAGUUGAUCUCUUUUAAUAAAAUAAAAAUGGGACAUUUUCAUUUGUUCAAAAUGGUUCAGUCUACUGCAAUUACUUGAAAAAUUAUGUCUUAUGAAAUGUGUGCAACACCUAAUAAAAAAUUUGUAAUGUACACUACAAUAAAAUAUUAUUCCAAUUAAAGCUAUGCUUAAAAUAGUAAAAAUACCAUUGAUUCAGAAGACAAAUCACUAUUAUCUGAUCUAUGUUGUAAGAAUUAAAUGAACUUAGAGAUCAAAACUACAAAAUAUUAUGAAAAUAUAAGAUGCUUUAAUCCAUAAAUUGGUUACAUUUUGUAGCACUCUAUACAUAUGGGGAGGUUAGGUUUAACCUAACACUGAGAACCUGUUGGAGGCGCAUUUUUAGGAUAAGUCCGUACUUGAUAUCCUCUUGUUUUUGUCUCUUUAAAAUAAAAAAUACAUAAAACAUGAGAAGGAGACAGUGAAGCUAUUUGGCUAGUUUGGACCAAGGAGAGGUUACUGUCGUCAUGUUUAUAACCUGAGAAAAUUUUGGUUUUGUUCCUGGUCAGAGUCCAUCAUGGGUUAAAUACUUUUCUAGAAUUUCAUCACAAAUAUCCUUUUCCUAUUCAUUCUACAGACUCAGGACAGGAACAUAGUCUUAACUUGUCCAUUGACACUUUGCCUUACCAGAAUGAUCUGUGAGCUCAAAAGGAUUUAGAAAUACUGUUCUGUAAGUGUGAAGGUCCACUUAGUUUAAAAAAAGAAAAGAAAAAUACUGGCACAGUGAUAUAUGGUUUUGUUGGACUGUUUGAGGUGGACCCAUAUAAAAGUGGCACAACUGAUCUCUCUUGCAAGGGGCUGAUUUGCUUAUGUAUCAAUACCUGAUCAGAUACAUUGACCAUAAUUCUUUUUUAACGCCUUUUUGAGGAUACUGCAGUGUAAAAAAGAAAGGAAUGCAUAAAAGCACGUCUGUGCUUAUAAUGAAGCACAAAUUACUUAUAAUAAGGAAAUGUUAUUGAAUUACCACCUGUAAGACACUUUCCUAGCACUAGAAAAAUUAGUAAUGGCUUUUACAUAAAUAGAUACUUAAGACAUUCAGAAGAAGAAACGGUUUAAGGAGUGAUUAUAGCACUUCAACACAUUGCCCUUUCCUCUAGAUUUGUUUAUAAAUAUGUUCCAUGUGUGACACGAAAGCCCAGGGCCAUGCCAUGAGGAGUUCGGUAUUUUCCCUGUUCCUCCCUUAGGGAGGUAGGAGUGGUCCUUGUAAUUUAAUCAAAAGUCUGUUAAGUUCCUGGACAUUUCAAGAGAAAGUCACUUCUUACAGGGAGCAAGUAGUGCCUCUCACGCAUUUAUGUACCUCCUCCAAAUAAUUUCAUUCAUGUUCCUCUAGCUGAUUUUCCUCUGCCUGGUUUCUCUCUACCCUACUGUCUUCGCAAUGGCUUCUCUUGUCUGCUUCCUUCAGAAUCACCUUCCACUAAAUGUGCACCAAUUUGUAUAUCAGAAAAAUAAUGGAGAAUAUUUACAUCGCCUUCCUGUUGGACUCAAAGUGUCAGAGGGUGAAUGUCUUGAUUUGAGCAGAAUGGAUUGGUCAAAGAAGUAAUUAAAGGAGAGAGGAAAGAUGUGGAAGGCACACCAAAACAAAUGAACAAAUUUUUUUCUAGAAAAGUAUCACUUCCUACACUUCAUUAAUUACUACCCAAUGUCUUUGCUUUUUCCUUCUACAUCUGUCUUGUAUCCUUCUUUACUUCUCAUUUUGCAAGACAGUGAAGGAGGCCUGUACCUUUCAAUAUUGUACAGAAAGAAAAGCCCCUCCUAGGUGGAUUUGGGAUCUUCACAGAUUUGCGAGAAUCCUGCGUCUCAAAUGAUCUGGGAGAUUCCUAUUGGUAAGAGUAUUGCCAAACCCAAACGUGUUUCUUGUCCUCUUUCCUCUGUAAGGUUGGGGGUGUUGGAAGGAUAAACUCUUUACAAAUUUGUAAAGAAUCUGUCCGAGCAUGAUCUUUGCGGGUAUAGUUGAGAUGCUAGAACUACAUCUGCCUGUUUUGUUAACAAUAGCUCCAGCUGCGCCUGCUCUCGGACGGCCCUGGUUGCAGUCAGGACUGCAGCAUUUGGAACACAAGUGUGGGCCUCACAAAUGGUUUUUUUUUUUUUGAAGAAAAGGUGUUGUGCUGUGGAAUGAUAAAGCUAUGCCUAGCAGGUACACUGAAAAACAGCUAUGUCUACAAUGCUAAAUGAAUUAAGCAAAUCCUGAGUGAACAGAGUUAAUUUUGCAGCGUUUUUGUUUUGUUUAUUAUUUGUCUUUUGUGCUUCUACCAAUCCAGACCAUAAGCCAGGCAGUGUGUGAAGAGUUUUAGUUCAUGGCAGUCAUGUUUCCAGUGAUCAAAAACCUGCAUUCUGUUUAGAAUAUAAUUAAAUUUUAUUAUUGUCAGUUUUGUCUUUGUGUUGUGUAGGGUGUUUUUUUUUUUUUCUUUUUGUAAGUACUAGUUUCUAGAAUACCUACUUUUCAGCAUCCAUAAGCUUUUUCUAGCUAUUUUUCAGGGAUGUGUUCGUGUUUAUUUUUAGAAAGUAAUCAUUUAGAUUCCCUUUCUGGUACUUUUUCCUGGUCGUUUUUUAUCAGAGAUUUGAAGAGAUCGGCGUCUGUCACUGUAAAAUAUAAAUUUAUUAAAUUUGCAAUCUAUCUUUCUAUGAAUCAUAAUCUUCUAAAUGUGUAUUUUUUGUUAAUUUAAUUUCCUAAAUAUUUAUUUUGUUUAAAUAAGGAGGCAGCUGUCUAUGAAUUUUUUUGUUAAUAUUACUUUGUAAAUUGUGCGAUGUAAUUUAUUUUGAAUUAUGUACAUUUCUUUUUAACGCACAAAAUGUCUGUGUGCAAUUAAGUACAGAUUUGAAAAUAACGUUACUAAGCUUUUCAGUUAACACAGGUGGCAUGUGAAGAUGUAAUAUGCUUUUUUUACAUUUUCAUAUGGAUUAUUUGUAAAUAACUAUAUUGUGACAAACAUAAACAUGGAAGUCAUUUUCAUUCUAA